GGCAGUCUGGCAGACCGGCCCCAAGGCGCAGCGCCUCGCCAGGGGGAGGAGAGGUGGCACGAGGGGCCGAGCGCCGCGCAAACCGCUCGCUCCUCCCGAAGAUCUCGCAAGGCAGCCGGGAGAGGAGAAGGGCAGACACCGUGCGGGGGAGCCGCGGGGAAUCCCGGGCUCUUCGGGGAGCGGAGAAACUUACUGACUCGCCUUUCCUCUUGUAGCAGGGAGCUGACAGAUGAGUCCCGGCUGCAGUAGCAGCAGGAGCAGCAGAGGCGCCCCCGGGCCCCGCCGGCUAGCGCUGCGGUCCAAGAGCCCGGGGCCAUGGCGUCUCCUCAGUGCCCAGGGAUGAGCAGGGGGCAGCAACCUCUGGCUGGCCGUGCAGCUGCCCAGGUGCCCGCGCCAGCAGCUCUGGGACGGCGAGCCGUCUCCCUGGGCCAGGAAUAAGUGUCCUGCAGCGCCCCCCGGCUUCACUCCCACACGCGCCCCCCAGCAUGGCUCUCUCGGCCCGAGUCGCUCUCCGGAUGAUGCAGGGAAAGGGCCAGGCAAUCGGCUGCCCAGCCACCCACUGACUCGCCCCCGCCUCUCUGAACAGGGCCUAUGGCCCCCCAUCGGCGCCGAGCAGCCCCGGAGUUCUCCGCUUGAGAGCAGAGAAGCAGCCGGAGCGGCUGAGACCUCGCACAGUCACUGCAGACAGGUUUUGAUCUCCUGCCAAUCUAAGUCCAUAGUGAUUACAUUGAUUUCUGUGCAGUUACUUCAGAUUUACAUGGAGGGCAGAAUAUAGAACUAUGAUAGCAACUGGUGGAGUAAUAACAGGGCUGGCAGCCUUAAAGAGGCAAGACUCUGCCAGAUCUCAGCAUCAACUAAAUCUUGCCACAUCAUCAACUUCUGAAGAGAAAAAGCCAGUCAGACGCCGGCCCAGGGCUGAUGUAGUAAUUGUCAGGGGCAAAAUCCGACUUUACUCUCCGUCAGGAUUCUUUCUUGUUUUGGGAGUGCUCAUCUCAUUCAUGGGAAUUGCAAUGGCUAUCCUUGGAUACUGGCCACAAAAGGAACAAUUUUUAAGUCCUGAAGCUAGUCUAGCCUUAAAUGAAACCCAGGUCAUAACAAACCAAGGUGGAGUUAUAUUUCGUUUCUUUGAACAACAUUUACACUCAGAUAAGAUGAAAAUGUUGGGCCCCUUUACUAUGGGCAUUGGAAUCUUUAUUUUUAUUUGUGCAAAUGCCAUCCUACAUGAAAAUCGUGACAAGGAAACAAAAAUCAUACAUAUGAGAGACCUAUACUCCACUGUAAUAGACAUGCACAGUCUGAGAAUCAAGGAACAAAAGCAGUUGAAUGGCGCUUAUACUGGUUUAUUGGGGGAAAGUGAAUUCAAGCAUAGUGGGAACUCAUGUGCAUCGCGGUUGGCUGCAAACACAAUUGCACCUUUCUCUGGCUUCAGGAGUAACUUUCGAAUAGAUAGUUCAGCUGAAGAAGAUGAAGUUGCCAUAAAUGAAGACAAGAACACUUCUAACCUUCUACCACCUUUGCUGACUGAGCAUUCUGGCUCUGUCUUUGGACUCUACCCUCACACUAGCAAAGCAAUGGAUGACAAAAACAGUAGCUCUAUAAAGUGUGAAACGAAGUCAAUUGUAUCAUCCUCCAUUAGUGCUUUCACACUGCCUGUAAUUAAACUAAAUAACUGUGUUAUUGAUGAACCUAGUAUAGACAAUAUCACUGAGGAUUCUGAGAUCACUAGAAGCCAGUCUAGAAAUUUGUCAAUGGACUCUCUAGCCAUUCCAUUAACUGAUACCAAUGAAUCCUACAAACCUGCCAGUGCAAUGCUACCCCGAAAUAAUUCAUUUGUAGAAUCUCCAUCCAGUCAGUUCAAAUCUUCUAUGACUCUUGGACCAAGCACUGGAAAACUUUUAUCACCUGGUGCUGCCAGAAAACAAUUUGGGUCCAACGCAUCUUUGCAUCUUCUGUCUGCACAUUCAAAAUCCUUGGAUUUAGAGAGGGGUCCGUCUACACUCACUGUCCAAGCUGAACAAAGAAAACACCCCAGCUGGCCCAGAUUGGAUCGAAGCAACAGUAAAGGAUACAUGAAACUAGAAAACAAAGAGGACCCAAUGGAUAGGUUACUUGUACCACAAGCCACAGUUAAAAAGGACUUUACUAAUAAGGAAAAGCUUCUUAUGAUAUCAAGAUCUCAUAAUAAUUUGAGUUUUGAACAUGAUGAGUUUUUGAGUAACAACCUAAAGCGGGGAACUUCAGAAACAAGAUUUUAAUAUUUAAAUGACAAUUUACAAGACAUCAUACAGUAUUUUUAAAAAUAUUUUGACAAGUGUUUCUUUUUCAGUGAAACUGGCACAAGCCUGUUUUUACCAAAUGCUUAUGGCACAUUCAGAUUGGCUUGUGUGAACAGAGAUCAUCAUCUCUGUAAUGCCAAGAGUUUCAUGUGUUAGUAACAUACAACUGCAAUACUGUAUAUUAUCACCAUUCAAAUAUAUGUUCGUGCCACAGGUCCCAUAUUCUCCAAUCUAUUGCUCUUUUGUUUCUAUAUAAGCACAUGACCUUUCAUUACUAAAAGUCAAGAAACCUGCAUCAGAACUGGAGCUCCCAUAAGCUUCUAGUUUGUUUUUUUUAGUGAUAGCAUCAUUGU